GUCGCGGGCACCACCACCUCUCUGGCUAGCGGUACUCAGACCUACGGUGGUGUCACCACCAUCGUCGAGACCUCGACCACCGUCACCUGCCCCUACGCCACCGUUUCUCCCUCUGGCUCCACCGUCACCAGCAUCAUCCAGACCACCACCUACGUCUGCCCCGAGGCUGGUACCUACACCAUUGCUCCCACCACCACCUACGUUCCCUCUAAUACCGUCGUGACCUACCCCACCGUCUCCACGGUCACCCCCGGCACAUACACCCACAGUGCUAUCACUGUCACCGCCACUGUUACCGACUACACCUACACUUGCCCCUUCGCCAACGCCAACGAGCCCACCAGCACCCCGGCUGCCGCUACCACUAGCGCUGUUGUUGUGACUACCCCCGCUCCUGCCACCACCACUGCUGCCGCUGUCACUUCCUCCGUCCAGUCCAGCACUGUGGCCAGCUCCAGCGCCGCCGCCAGCUCUGGCGUCAGCGCCAGCGGCAACAGCAUGGGAAUGACCUACACUCCCUACAGCAACUCCGGUGGUUGCAAGUCCAAGGCCACCGUUGAGUCGGACAUUGAGACCAUCGCCAACAAGGGCUUCACCCACAUCCGUCUCUACUCCACCGACUGCAGCACCCUCGAAUACGUUGGUGCCGCUGCCAGCAAGUACGGCCUCAAGCUGAUCCUCGGUGUCUACAUCUCCAGCACCGGCACCUCGGGUGCUCAGGACCAGGUUACUGCAAUCACCGAGUGGGGUCAGUGGUCGAUGGUUACCCUCAUCGUUGUCGGUAACGAGGCCAUCUCCGACGGCUACGCCACCGCCAGCGAGCUCGCCACCUUCAUCUCCUCCUGCAAGUCUAGCUUCGAGGCUGCCGGCUACACUGGCCAGGUCACCACCACUGAGCCCAUUGACAUCUGGCAGGAGUACGGCAGCAGCACCCUCUGCUCUGUCGUCGACGUCCUGGGUGCCAACAUCCACCCCUUCUUCAACUCGGAGACCACUGCCGCUGAGGCCGGUACCUUCGCCGCCUCCGAGGUCGCUCUUCUGAAGAAGAUCUGUACCAACAUGGAUGUCAUCAACCUCGAGACUGGUUGGCCGAGCAAGGGUAACGCCAACGGUGCUGCCGUCCCCGGUGCCACCGAGCAGGCUACCGCCAUCAAGGGCAUCCGCGAGUCCGUUGGUGAGCUGUCGGUCUUCUUCUCCUACGCCAACGACCUGUGGAAGGACCCCGGCGAGUACGACGUUGAGCAGUACUGGGGUUGCAUUGACCAGUUCUAA